AUGCCAAGUCCACUGUACAAUUUCAUAAGUUCACAAACUACGAUUUGUUCCGUUUGGACCUGGAGUGAGGACCCAACAUUAUUGUUAGGGAACGCAGCCAAAAGCCAGCAAGUAUCAGAAACUCUUGCAAAAGUGCUUGGCCUUAGGACCGAAAGUUUUUCGGAUUUUAUACACAUGGACACAAUAUAUGAAACUGACAACUAA